UAUCCCCGUAACCGAUUGCCGCCAACCACCUUCUCGUUUUUUUCUGGAAGUGCCAAAGCCAUAUCGGCGGGAUGUCUCAGUUGGAAGAGAAGCCAGAAGAAGCACCGAACGGUGCUGCAGCAUUCGAAGACGACGAGGAAGAUUUUUCGUGGUCAUCCGAUUCUGAAAUUGGCGAGGCAUUGGAUUAUUUGGAUUCCAAGGAUGAUGAGGAGUCCAUCGAUGGUUCUUUCGCGCUUACUUCGAGGCGACCUAACGCUCACGGCGGCCAUCACUCACGGCCUAAUUCCUCCGCUCUUCAACCUCUCUCUAACCGUAACCAGAAGUUCUCUAGUCAUAUUCAAGCUUUCCCUUUAGAGGAGUGGGAAGGGAGGUUAAAUGUUGGAAUGUCUAAUUCAGUUACAACUGCAAUUCGUGAAAGUGUUCGUGACAUGGCCAUCGGUAAAACAAAAACUACAGAGAAAGCUGAUCGUGCUACUGUUGAGCAGGCUAUUGAUCCAAGAACUCGUAUGGUUCUGUUUAAAAUGCUGAACCGAGGUGUAUUUCAUGAUAUAAAUGGCUGCAUCUCAACUGGAAAAGAAGCAAAUGUAUAUCAUGCAACAAAAUCGGAUGGUCAGGAGCUGGCAAUCAAAGUGUAUAAAACUUCUGUUUUGGUUUUCAAGGAUCGUGAUCGAUAUGUACAAGGUGAUUACCGAUUCAGAUAUGGUUAUUGUAAGCACAAUCCUAGAAAAAUGGUGAAGACAUGGGCUGAGAAAGAAAUGAGGAAUCUUAUGAGGCUUAAGGCUGCAGGGAUUAGGUGUCCAAACCCCUUACUUUUGAGACUUCAUGUGCUGGUCAUGGAAUUCAUAGGAAAAGCUGGUUGGGCUGCACCUCGUCUUAAAGACGCCUCGUUAUCUUUGGACAAGUUACGGGAAUGUUAUGUUGAGAUGAUAGUUGCAAUGCGGACGUUAUACCAGAAAUGCAAACUGGUUCAUGGAGAUCUCAGUGAAUAUAACAUACUUUAUUUCGAGGGGCAUUUGUACAUAAUUGACGUAUCUCAAUCGGUUGAUCUUGACCACCCACACGCCCUGGAUUUCUUGCGUGAAGAUUGUGUUCAUGUUUCUGAUUUUUUUAGAAAACAUGGUGUUGCUGUCAUGACAAUUCGAGAGUUAUUUGACUUCAUAGUGGAUCCAACAAUCACGGACGAGUCUGUGGAUAGUUAUUUGGAAGAGGUUCAACAGAAGAUUUUAGCAAGAGGAGAUAUGUCUGUGGAGGAUGAAAUUGCAGAUUCUGUUUUUGUUCAGUCAUAUAUUCCUAAGACACUAGAUCAUGUCAAGAAUGUUGAGGAGGACGUAAUACGGAUAACAAGUGGCAAGGACACUGGAGACUUAUAUUACAAGACUAUUACAGGACUAAAGGAGGCUCUCCCUAAAGGUCAAUCUUCACUAGUGGAGCAGCAGCGGGAUAAUAACACGGGACCUGUAGAAGGGUCUAUGACCAAUUCAUCUGGCCAUCCUAAUUCUCAGGAGAGUGAAUCCGAAGCUGAGUUUGCAUCUGAUUCUGAAACAGGUGAGGAUGAAGAGAACUCGAGUGACUUGGAAGAGAAGGGUCUGUUGAAUGAUGAUUCGGCGCAGGUUGACAAAAAAGCUGCUAGAAAAGAGAAUAAAAAGAAAGUCAAAGAGGAGAAAAGGGAGGCUCGAAAGACUAAAGUGCCGAAAGCCGUAAAGAAAAGAAAGAAGAAAUUGGCCAAAGCCCACAAAACUAGGUAGACUUCAUUGAAGGCUUCAACGGAAAAAAAAGAAGUAAUUUUACACAAGGCCAACUAUGGAAGUUUUUUACCAUCUU